AUGUCUUUCCAAAACUUUGACUCUUUCCAAAACCAGCACCCGUCAGCCGACGCUGCUGCUGCUGCCCCAGGCGCUCCGGCAACUGCGGAUACCACCAUGACCGGCCAGGCUGACCCUACCACUGGCUCUUUCCAAGGCCCUGCCCCGGCGAGCCCUCAGCUGCUCCUGAUGGGCGAGCUUGAGCCUUGGAUCGACGAGAACUUCAUCCGCAAUCUGUGGUUCCAGAUGGGCGAGCAGGUCAAUGUCAAGAUGAUCCGUGACAAGUUUUCUGGGAGCAAUGCCGGAUAUUGCUUCCUGAACUGGGCCACUGGCGGCGGUCUUGCUGAUAGAAGCCGUGACGACCGUGGUCCCGAGUACUCCAUCUUUGUUGGUGAUCUCGGCCCUGAAGUCAACGAAUACGUCCUUGUUUCCCUGUUCCAAAACCGAUUCCCGUCCUGCAAGUCCGCGAAGAUCAUGACCGACCCCAUCAGCGGCAUGUCUCGUGGCUAUGGUUUCGUUCGCUUCUCCGACGAGAACGACCAGCAGCGUGCUUUGACCGAGAUGCAGGGUGUCUACUGCGGCAACCGUCCCAUGCGCAUCUCCACCGCCACUCCCAAGAACAAGGGUCCUGGUGUUGUUCCCGGAGCCAUGGGCAUGCCUGGUCCCGCUGGCAUGUACCCCCCAAUGGGCGCUCCUCCCAUGGGAUUUUACGGUGCUCCUCAGCCUAUGAACCAGUUCACUGACCCUAACAACACAACUGUUUUCGUCGGUGGACUCUCUGGUUAUGUCACCGAGGAUGAGCUCCGCUCUUUCUUCCAGGGAUUCGGCGAGAUCACUUACGUCAAGAUCCCUCCUGGAAAGGGUUGCGGCUUCGUUCAGUUCGUUCAGCGCCACGCCGCGGAGAUGGCCAUCAAUCAGAUGCAGGGAUACCCCAUCGGUAACUCCCGUGUGCGUCUCAGCUGGGGUCGCUCUCAAAACAACUCCGGCCCCGCUGGCAGCCCUUACCGCCCUGCUCCUCCCCCGCCUCCGAUGUACCCCUCUAUGGGCAUGCCCCAGCGCACCAGUACGGUGGUUUCGCGCCUAUGAAGUAAAAAGCGUUCGUUAUUCUGAAGCACCUGCAGGAGUUUUGCGUCAUUCCAACGAUGGGUCUUUUGUGUCAUAACACGUUUGCUAUUUAUUACUGCGAAGGCUCCCCUUUAUAGCUCUUGAUGGGCAUUCUCUCCUGUGCUACUCGUUUGAUCUCGUAUGAGCGCU